AUGUCAGUAACGGACAAGCAGACCAGCAUCGAACUUCUUCGAAAACCCAUACGAAGCGCCAUCGAAAAGUUCGCCCGAUCGCUCAACGAGCUGAUCGCGACGAGAGAUGGAACGCCAGUGGAGGAAUACUCGAGAAAGCUCCGAUGUGAAAUGGCGACUCUCAAUCGAAUCCGAAGUCAAGCCGCCUCAACGGUAUCCCAAGAAACUUAUGAAGCCGAGUACAGAAAAAUGGAUGAAUUUGCAAGACACCUCGAUCAUGCUCAAGGAGCAAUUAUUGAAGAAGGAAUGGCGAGGAUCAAGCCAUCAUCAAACAAGAUACUCGGUGACAUCUCGCAAUUCGACCAAACACAACAAACAGUCAUGAAUGGAAGCCGGGGAGAAAACCUCAACGAAUCGCAGCUAGACAACGUUCUAACAAGAUUGGCCGUCGUGCAGGAACAACAAUCGCACCACCUUCCUGUUCUCGAGAUAAGAAAGUUCAGCGGCGAUGUAACAACGUUCUACGCCUGGUGGGACGAGUUUAAGGUGAAUAUCCAUGACAGACCACACAUGACCAAGAGCCAGUUUACCUACCUCAGGAAUUUCUUAGAGGGAGAGGCAGCGAUGAGCACAGAGAAGACGCUCUCUUCAGGGGCUAAUUACGGGCGAACGCUCAACUACCUUUUUGAUAGAUACGGAAAUGCUGAAAGCAUAGCUAUCGAAAUAUUCACCCAGCUCCUUAGAAUGCCCGAUCUCCCCAAGUUCACAGACAAUUCGAAACUUGGAGAGUACCUUGACAAGGUGACAAGUCAUUAG